CAGUCGUCCUUUGCCCCGGAAGAGCAACAUCACAUCCGGGCUGUAAAGCUCUCCGUCUGUUUAUAUUUUGAUUAGAAGUUUUGAAGCUAUCUGCAGAUACAGUAACGUCGCCUCAGAUUGAAAACCACGAGACGGUUUGGUUAUUAGAGAAGGACCUAUAAUACAACAAAACUGGCCCCGCCGCUGCCUGUCACCAUGCCCGCCCUGUUGGAGAGACCCAAGCUGUCCAACGCCAUGGCCAGAGCCCUCCACAAGCACAUCAUGAGGGAGAGGGAGCGCAAGAGACAAGAGGAGGAAGAGGUGGACAAAAUGAUGGAGCAGAAGAUGAAAGAAGAGGAAGAGAGGAAGCGGACCAAAGAAAUAGAGGAGAGGAUGUCUUUGGAGGAAACCAAAGAACAGGUAAUGAAGAUGGGGGAAAAACUUCAAGGGCUCCAAGAAGAGAAGCACCAGCUUUUCUUGCAACUCAAGAAGGUACUUCACGAAGAGGAGAAGAGGCGCAGAAAGGAGCAGAGUUGCAUUUUUGUUCUUUCUAGUGACAUCACAACAUUGACAUCAGCCAGCUACCAGCCCAGCCUGCCCAUGCACGCAGGGCAGCACCUCCUCAGCAUUCAAGGCAAUCCAGUCAACCACAGUCGACCGGGUGCGCUACUUGGAGAACGUAGUAAACAGCUGUUCCCAACUUCUGUGAUUCCAACACGUCACUAUCAAACCCCCGGGUUUAGCUCUGCGCCGGCGGAGCACGGGCAGUUCAGCGGUAGCCAGGGGGUCCAUGAGGCCUAUGGGGUGGCUCAGGCCCAGCAUCCCUCCACCUACGCUGCCGGACCCUCGGUACCUGUCAGUUUCGCAAGCAGUUCUCAGAUCAGAGGCGCGUCUGCGUUUCAGACCAUGCAGUACCUCCCCCACCAGCAGCCUGGCUACCCCGUCCACAGUCCCUUCACCUCCCAGCCUGGGUACAUUCCUGGCGCAGGGAUUCCCCUUCAGAAACAGCUGGAACAUGCCAACCAACAGUCCGGCUUCACCGACGCAGGAGCUUUGAGGCCCAUGCAUCCACCGUCCAUGCACCCUUCCAAUCCGGGACUGCUGCCCACACCGUCGCUGGCAGUCCAGAUUUCUACUGCAAAGGCCCCGUUUCAGACGUCUCCCCAGAGCGCUCCUCGACACAGCUUCCUCCCACACAGCCAGAGCGGCCAGAGGUUCUACCACCACGGCAAGUAGCCCGUCUUCAUCGCCCCCGAGCUUCACUCGCCGUUCCCGGAGAACAUUUUUGGACGAGUUGGUCGACUCCUCCGCAGUGAAAGCCGUUUGGCUGGACUAUGCCUUUUUUUCAUUUACGUUUUAUUUCAUGUACAUUUACGUUUCUUUUUGGCAUUGUUUAUGAUUGCUUCUUGGUUCUCAUACAUGUGUUUUUUCAUAAACAUCUAACUUUGAUUUUUAAAUGAAUUGAAUUCAAGUUCAUUUUUAGAAAUGGAUGAUUAUUUGUGCAGAAGUAAAAAAGAAGAAGUUCCAGGUGCGAAUACAAGGUGCCCCCCUUUUUUGCUUUUGAACUCAUUCAAGCUAUUCCCUGAGGACGAACAUGUUGUACUUUUUAACUUUAAUAAGUCCUAAACUCAAAACGACAUUAUCUUUCACCUUUGUCUACAGAUUGUUAUUGUACUUCCACUGUAUAGCUGUUCUGGAGGACAACGUGCACUAAAAUGUCAAUCAUUUGUAUAAAGCAAACAGCAUGAACCAGAAAUGAUUCUUUGUUUAUUGACAUCCAUAGUUACAACACCCGCCGAGGGUUCAGAGUCUCUGCAAGAAAACAAUUAAAAUGGAGGAAAAUUAUUCAGCAAUACUUAGCUGCUGAAUUUACACUUUGUAGAUUAAGUCUACAUGUUUUCCCAUAAAAUAACACGCACACUGAUGAACACUGUUUUACCACGUACGAAAUUAAGAGGACCAUUUCUUUUUUUGUUUCUCCCUUCUGUUCUUUAACCUCUUAUGUUGCUAAAUAAAAGCAAAUGCCAAGCUCCA